AUGCAAGCCGAUUUGUCAACUGUAGAGGCGAUUUUCGCUCAAAAACUUGCAUGUGGCGAGCCUGUCACACGUCAGCGUGCUUUCCGUGCUUUACAAGAUUGGAUCAAGGAACAAUCAGCAGCUCGACCUUUUAAUGAGGCGGAUAUGCUGCGAUUAUGUAAGGGUCUUCAUUAUGUGCUGUGGAUGCAAGACAAAAUGCUAUUACAGGAAGAAUUGGCCGAUAGAAUUAGUCAGCUGCAGCUCGUUUUCACCAGAGAAGAAGAACGUGUACUAUUUGUUGAGUCUACCUUCAAAAAUUUGGCAAAAGAAUGGUAUCACAUAGACCGAUGGCGCAUGGACAAGUUCCUUAUGAUGAUGCGCCGGCUUCUUCGAGUCUUGUUCGUUCAUCUGAGCUCAUUGAAAUGGAAGAAAUCUGUGCGAGAGCCUUAUUGGGAAGCUUUUCGUCGAACAACAAUCUCAACAGAUAAAUCUUUUCCCGACGGCUUGAAGUUCCACUUUGCCGCCAUUAUUCUUGAUGAAAUGGACAAUGCGGGUGGUACCACCGAAAAACAAAUAACGGCCUGCCUAAAACCGUUCGCAGAACUUUUGGGAAUCCGGGGAAUCAGCGAUUACCUGUUCGACUCAGUUUUGGAGGAAAUUUUCGCCACCAUAUUGCAUCAGAAAUCAGAAGAGAUUGCAUCGAAAAUGGAAGCUGAUGGAGAUAAAGAUUUCGAUUAUGUUGCCUUGGGUAAAAUGCUGUUCGACAUAGGUAAACAGCCUGAAACUGUAUCCAAACGACGAAGGAAGUUAUAUGAUCUUGUUAGGAGAUUUGAUUUGGCAGCGAAGGGAUGUGAUCCAUACCAUUUUGAGCCGCCGAAACCAGAAAUAGUGAGUUUCUCCUCUGAUUCUAAGAAACCACGAUUAAAUGGUGAAGAUUCGCAGAACAGAGAAGGAUCUCCAGCAUCAAAAGUCAUGAAAUCUAAGAAAUUAUUGAAGAAGAAAAAGAAAACUGAAAGAAUUGGUCUUAAAACUAAAAAUAGAACUAAGUUUGGCUCAAAACGGAAGCCUGGUAAAAUCCAUUAG